AUGCCCACAGCUACUUCCAAGAUUGUUGGUGCUUUAGCAUGCCAAACGAACUCGUUUUUGAAAACUUUACAAACAACGGUGGUUUCUUGUAAGGACCAUACGCCACAAUUAAGUUCAAAAGAUAAGCAAAAUAAGAAUAAAAAGAAGACAGACGAAGUAAAAACUUCAAGCAUUCCUGAAUUUGAAAUUGAAUUGGAAGAUACCAACUUGUUUCCUGAAGGCGGUGGACAGCCUUACGAUACUGGUUCUAUUUACUUACCUGAUAAACAUGAAAUAAAGGUUUUAAGAGUUAUCCGCAACCAACUAACUGCCCUUCAUAUUGCUAAUGAGCCUAUUGAGCCAGGUACUCUGGUAAAAUUGGAAGUUGAUUGGGAAAGAAGGAUUGACUUUAUGCAACAACAUACUGGUCAACAUUUGUUAUCGUCCGUCUUCGAUACUCACGGUUUGGACACUUUGAGUUGGUCAAUGGGUGACAUGAUUAAUUACAUAGAAUUACCAAAGAAAGUCGAUGAAGAAGUGGUUGAAAAAGUCAAUGCAAAAGUAAAUGAUUUGAUCUUACAAAAUAUUCAAAUUUCAGUGACCACUCCCGAUAAUCACGGUGGUGAACUUGAUUUAAGCCGCAUACCUGAUGACUACGAUACUUCUAAGGGUAUUGUGAGAGUGGUUAAGAUUGGUGAUAUAGACGCUAAUCCAUGUUGCGGGACCCAUUUAUCUUCAACUGGCCAAAUUCAAGCCAUUUCAUUAUUACACCAACAAAACGUAAGAGGAGGAAACUCCCGUUUAUUUUUCCUUUGUGGUUCAAGGGUUUAUAAAUAUUUGAACAAACAACAUAGCAUUUUGAAAGAGAUCCAAGGUACUUAUCUCUCAUGCCAGUUAGAUGAAGUUGUCGACAAGGUGGGACUUUUGAAUUUGAAUUAUAAGCAAUCUACCUCUAGAGAAUCAAACCUUUUAAAAGAAUUGGCGAAUAUCGAAGCCAAUAAAAUAUUCGAAGAUUUCAAGAAGGGUAGCAAGGAUAUUGCGUAUGUCUAUCGUUUCGAUAAUAAUCCAGAAUAUUUACUUGUCUUCCAAAAGGAGUUUACAACGUUAAUGAAUUCCAACAAAGAAAGUGGUGUUAAUCUUACUGACAAGUUUACAUUGGUUUUGCUUAAUGGCGAUUAUAAAUCAGGUUUGGGAGGGAUGAUUAAGGUUUUAGGGCCUAAAGCUGAAAGUCUUCAACCUGAAAUUAAGAACAGAAUUACUAAUUUAAAAGGUGGUGGGAAAGGUACUUCUUUCCAAGGUAAGAUUCCAAAAUAUGAAAAGGGGGAAUUAGAAUCCUUAUUGGCAUUCUUACAAGAAUUAAAUUGA